AUGAAUGAAGUGAAAUACAUUUCCUCUAAAUUUACACCAACAGCUUCUUCCUUCUCUUGCCCUAAGCACCCGGCAAAAGGUCUUCCACCCGAAGCAAAAUCGGUUGACGUGCUCACCGUCACCGCUGUCCGGUGCCAACGAAGAGCAUACAUCACAAAUUUCCCAGUAUUCUCAGCAGUAUCUGUCCUGUUUCUCUUUGUUUCCUUUCUUUUUACUUCUUUUGGGGACUAUACUGGUGAUGAUAUUACGGUGGAGAAUUUUUUUGCUGUGAUCCUCGGCGACAAGAACGCUGUGAAAGGAGGAAGUGGAAAGGUUGUCAACAGUAAACCUAAUGAUAGAAUCUUUAUAUAUUACUCUGAUCAUGGUGGUCCUGGAGUGCUUGGGAUGCCGAGUACGCCAUACCUUUACGGGAAGGAUUUUGUCGAUGUUUUGAGAAAGAAGCAUGCAUCCGGAACCUACAAAGAGAUGGUCAUAUAUGUUGAAGCAUGUGAGAGUGGGAGUGUAUUUGAAGGCUUGCUGCCUGAAGAUCUGAACAUAUACGUGACAACAGCGUCGAGUGCAGACGAGAGUAGUUGGGGAACAUAUUGUCCGGGAAUGGAUCCUCCGCCUCCUCCGGAGUACAUAACAUGCUUGGGAGAUUUAUAUAGUGUUGCUUGGCUGGAGGAUAGUGAGUCUCACAACCUGAAAAAAGAAACAGUCGAGCAGCAGUAUCAGAAGGUCCAGUUCCUAUCCUCUUCUAACUACGAAACCUAUAAUGAUGGAUCUCAUGUGAUGGAAUACGGGAAUAAAAGCAUCAAACCCGAAAAGCUCUCUUUGUACCAGGGUUUCGAUCCUGCAACUGAGAACCUCCCUUCAAAUCGAAUUGGCUUCAAUCAUCGGAUGGAUGUUAUUGACCAGAGAGACGCUGACCUUCUCUUCCUAUGGGCAAAGUACAAAAAACUGGAGGCUGGUACGAACAAGAAGGCGAAAACCCUUCAGCAUAUCAAAAACACAUUACUCCACAGAGAGCAUUUGGAUGGGAGCAUCAGUUUUAUAGGAUUGGUCUUAUUUGGUCCUGCAAAGGGGCCUUCCACUCUGAAAUCUGUGCGAGAUCGUGGUUUACCCCUUGUGGACGACUGGGAUUGUCUAAAAUCAAUGGUUCGUCUUUUUGAGACACAUUGUGGUUCGUUAACUCAAUACGGGAUGAAGCAUAUGCGAGCUUUUGCAAAUAUAUGCAACAACAAUGUGUCUGAAGAAGAUAUGGAAGAAGCGACAAACCAACGUACGGUACCGGUACGUUCCGCAGAGUGGAGUCCUUUAAAUCUUCGAGGUUUUAGUGCUUGA